AUGUCGAUUUCCUUAGAACAGUUGCAGUUAUUAUUACAACAACAGCAGCAACAAUAUCAACAACAGCAGCAGCAGAUGUUAGCUUCUCAACAAAGACUCUUGGAAACACUUUUGGGGAAACUAUCUAUCCAACAAGAGAUUCCAGAACAUAAAAGUAUCGAGUCAUACCUUAAUCCAGUUUCAGAAUUUAUAUUUGAUGCAGACAAUGGUCACACUUUUGAAGCAUGGUUUGGCAGAAUUGAAGAUAUUUUCCGAGUUGAAUUUGCUGCUAUAGAUGAUGCAAAGAAAGUCCGGCUGCUAUUACAGAAACUUGGUCCUAAUGAGCAUCAAAAGUAUAAAAACCAUAUUCUGCCUAAACAUCCACGAGAAGUUAAUUUCGAUGAAACUGUUAACAUCCUAAAUAAAAUGUUUUGUGAACAGUCGUCUUUAUUCCGUAUCCGGUAUAACUGUCUACAGCUGACUAAAGGGGCUGAUGAAGAUUAUACUACGUACGCCGGAAGAGUAAAUUUACAAGCAGAACGAUUUAGAUUAAAUGUAUUAACCAGCGAUCAAUUUAAAUGCUUAUUAUUUAUUUCUGGUCUGAACUCUCCUGUUGAUGCUGACUUUUGCAUGAAGUUGUUAUCCCGUAUGGAACAUGAUGAUGAAAUGACGUUACAAACUAUCACCACUGAAUGUCAACGAUUAAUAAACCUAAAACAAGAUACAGCUAUGCUGGAAACCAAAAGUGUUGUGCCCUCAAAUUCUGUUCAUGCUAUUAAGACAGGUCAAAGACAAAACAGUACCAAAAGUCAUAAAUAUUACUCGAAAACUCCUAAACCUGCAACUAAGUGUUGGUAUUGUGGUGCGUGGCAUUUCUCAAGAUUUUGCCGAUUUAGAAAUCAUAGAUGCACUAUAUGCAAUAAAGUUGGCCACAAAGAAUUAGUCUGCCGAACUAGAGAAAGUUUGAGAUCAAAACGAAGCAGACGUCCGCACCAGUACGAAAAUAAGUAUAUAAACAGCGUAUAUUCUACACUGGCUCUAAGCGUAGCGAAUAAAAGAAGAUAUGUGGAAUUAAUUGUUAAUGGUGUUUAUAUUCGAUUGCAAUUGGACACAGCGUCAGAUAUCACACUAAUCUCGAAACGAACGUGGUAUUUAAUUGGGUGUCCGAAAGUAUUACCAACAGAACACACUGCGCGGAAUGCGUCCGGAGAUAUAUUGAAACUUGUGGGAAUGAUAAAAUGCUCUGUUAAAUUCCGAGGUAAUUACUUUACAGGAAUUGCUACUUAA